AUGCUAAUCGAGGAAUUAAGUCCCGGCGCUCCUAUGGCCGCCGUUGAAAAGCCCGGACCCCCGCUGAUCUCUUCACAGCCUUCCUCGGCUUCUCGUCCCACUCCCAACGGCGGCGAUGACGACGCUUCUCCCAAGAAGCCGCUGAGCAAACGGGAGUUCAUCCUCUCCGUCGCCUCUAAUCUCUCUUCUCAGACCCUCUCCAACCCUGACCCUAAUGUCUGGGGGGUUCUCACUGCCAUUUCAGAUAACGCCCGCAAACGGCACCAGGGGAUGAACAUUCUCUUGACUGGGGAUGUACACUGCUUUGGCCGAUCGGUAGAAGACAAGCGUUUUCGAAUUGAAUCAAAUGCGGUUAGUGGAAAUCACUGCAGAAUAUAUAGGAAAAGAGUCUUGGGAGAAGAUUCGAACCGUCCCUUCAUGGCUGUUUUUCUCAAAGAUACUAGCACCAACGGGACCUAUCUUAACUGGGAAAAGUUGACUAAGGGCGGCCCUGAAGCUAAAAUCCAACAUGGGGACAUCGUAUCAUUUGCUGCUACUCCUCAGCAUGAGCUUGCCUUUGCCUUUGUAUAUCGUGAAGUACUGAAUCCCAUGCCAACGGUGAACAGUGCAAAUGCAAAAAGAAAAGCAGAAGAAGUUCAUGGGGAAUGUAAGAGAAUUAAAGGUCUUGGCAUUGGCGCUCCUGAUGGUCCUAUAUCUCUUGACGACUUCAAAAGUCUUCAGCGGUCUAACACGGAACUGAGGAAGCACGUUGAAGGCCAUGUUCUUACAAUUGACUCAUUACAGAAAGAACUUCGGUCAACCAUGGAGCGUCAUGAAAAUGAAAUGAAAGAGGUGAAAGAAUUUACUGCAAAUUCAUACAUUGAUCAACUGAAGAAACUGCAGGAUACGUUGGAGGUGGAACGCAAUGAGAGGAGUGAGGUCAGUAGAAUAUCAGCUGAUCGACAACGCACCUUAGAAGACCUUGAUGAAAGACUUGCAGCAUCCAGGCAUUCAUGUAAAGAAGCAAAUGAAAUAAUGAAAAGCCAAAAGGCAUCCAUAGCUGAGCUUGAAGCGCAACUGGAAGAAGAACGAGAUCAGAGAAAAGAAGAGCGACUAAAGGGCGCUUCAGAUUUAAAGGUGGCAGUUCAGAAAGUUCAAUCUGAAGCUCAAGAAGAAAUCAAGGCAUUAUCUGAUACUGCUGCACAUCGGGAAAAAGAGCUACAAGAAGAAAUCAAUAAGCUUCAAGAAAGAGAGAAGAAGUGGUGCUCACAGGUUGAAAGUUUGAGGCCCAAACUGGAGGAAGCAAGACAAAAGUCAGUCAUAUCUGAUAAAAGAAUUCGCCAACUGGAAGCUCAAAUUUCUGAAGAGCAGAUUGCGUCUGCAAAUGGAAGAAAGAGGAUAGACGAACUUGAGCAAGAAAUGAGAAGAUCGAGAAAGGAGCUGGACAGUGAAAAGCAGGCUGCUCGAGAGGAAGCAUGGGCUAAAGUAUCAGCCCUCGAACUUGAGAUAAACUCUGCUGUGCAUGACCUUGACUUCGAGAGGCGGAGAUUAAAAGGUGCUAGAGAAAGAAUUAUGCUCAGGGAAACACAGCUGAGAGCAUUUUACUCUACAACUGAGGAGAUAUCUGUACUCUUUGCUAAGCAGCAACAACAACUGAAGGCGAUGCAGAAGACUCUGGAAGACGAGGAGGAUUACGAAACUGGGUCACUAGAUCUUGACAUAAAUAAUGUACUACAUGAUGGGCACCAAGAUGAUGUGGUAGCAGACAAGCAAUCUCGUUAUCACAAUGGAAUAAAUGCUAGGGGUAUUGAUAGAAAUCGAGCUGCUAGCUCUGAUGAUGAAGCAAGCGCAACUGAAAAGCACGACUGUGAUAUCAGAAGUCAAGGUGGUGAUUACCAGAAUACACAAGGUGAAGAGUUCACAAGUGGUGAUUGUCAAGUCAAGGGUGGCUUUGGCUCCAAUAUUGAUGUUGACGUUGACACUGCACCAGCUCUUGAUGGUGACCCCAUUGGUACGGAGCACGUUCUUGAAACUGAGAGCCCUGUAAUUAGUAAGAUCGGCUCUUUAGCUGCUGGGGAUACAAUGCAGCUUGAUGACGAGGACCCCCAAGUACAAGAAACUGAUGAGAGAGUGGAAAUCAUCCCUGAAGAUGAGAAGAGAAUGGAUGAUGAUACGGAAGUAGGAGGGACGAUUAGGACAGCAGACCUCAUCACCUCGGAAGUGGCGGGUAGCUGGGCUCAAAGUACAGCUCCUUCUGUCCAGGGGGAGAAUGGGUCCCAACAAAGUAGAUACCACAACGAAGAUGAUGAACAAGGUGUGGGAGCAGCAGGAUUUCGUGAAUCCGUUGGCCACGUGGCAGAGAGUCAAAGCACACCGCCUUCAAAUGCUGCUGCUGCAGUCGCAAAGCAGAAUGAACGUGAAUAUCAAGCAUUGACCGAGAUGAUUGGAAUUGUUGCUCCUGAUCUGAAGGAGCAAUUUGCUGCCCACGGCUCUGUGAAUGAUGAUAUGGAGAAGGAAGAAAGGCGGGAUUUGUUGUCAAAUUCCGAUACCGAGUGUUGCAGCGAUACCGAGAAUGACGAUGGUGGCAAAGGUGGAUGUGUGUUGGAUUCAGAGACAGAGGACAGCGAUGAACAUGGGGAGGACAGAAAACCUGGUGACGUUUCUAUGGAUGAAGAUGAUGAGACGCAGGUAGACUCCGUUUCGUAG